AUUUCCCAUUUAUUAUCAAUUUCACAUUUCCGCAAUGAAGCUCUGCAAAACAUUUUCCUUAAACAUUACUUAUCUCAAUUUUUAUCAAGAUACCGUUUAGUUUUUCUAGACUUCACAUAUAUCGUGCAGCCAGUACGAAAUAAUACGCAGUGAUGUCUGGCUUUAUUACAAAUAUUUUUCUUUGUUUUCUCCUAUUUCUUUGUGAAAGUGUUGCUAGUGAUUGUGACUUUUUGGUAUAUGGGAAUGCGACACGUGGGGAAUACAAUAUAUACUCAGAAAAAAAUGAUCCCGUAUAUUGUGUGGAAGAUGAUGCUAAACCGAUCCAAUUGGAUGCAGGUAACAUCAAAAAGAAUGCGAAAAAUUGGACUUUUAAAUGCACCACAAAAAAUAAGGAAAAGGAUGAAAAUCUUCCAAAGAUAUUUCUAAUAGAAAAAAAUUGGAGCGAUUCUAUAUGUCCGAUAUUCAAAGGCUCUGAAGAAUUUGGCAAGAUUGAAUAUAAUAAUACGAUUGAUUCUGUUUGCUAUUCUGUUUACGCAACAUCAUCACUUAAUAUGGUCGUGACAAAUACCGUGUAUAAAGAACUACAAAACUUCAGAAUACAGGAUCUAAAUAUGUGGAUAACCAGAGAAGUAGAAUUUACUAAUGAUCUUAUAUUUUAUAGUAGGUAUUGGAAUGACAGUUCUUCUUAUUUUGGGAUUAGUCACUAUUGCACAAAAGGACCUUCAUAUUAUACAUUUAAAUCUAAAUCAAAAAAUAUUUCAUGCAAGAAACUUGAUGGUAGUGCUACUAUUCAACUGAAAGACGUAUCCAAAACUAACUGCCUGUACAAGAUUGAUUUCAGCAAUUAUUCAUAUAUCUGCUCGUCUGGAAGUUGUGGUUGUAAGACUGGAUAUAACGGGACACAAUGCGAGAAUGAUUGUGCAGAUAUGAAUAAAUGGGGAGAAAACUGUUCUAACAAUUGCAACGGGAACUGUUCUAAAUGUGACAGGGUCGAUGGACAUUGCACGGAAUGUAUGAAGAAUCACACAGGGAACGCUUGCGAAUAUUUGUUCAAACCUGAAUUAUCUUUUUAUAAAAACAAAUGUAUCAAAUGGAAGAAACAUGGAUUUUCUGACUUAAAUUUUGAAAUGAAUGGUAUAGCUGUGAGGAACUAUUCUAAAUGUAUUUGGCAGGACUUCAUGUGCACUUGUUUUAAUGAUGAUCCGUCUAAAUUGACACUGAACAGGAAUGUGUCAGGAAGGAUAGACAAUUUAUAUGAGGGUAAAUUGAGUGACUUAAGGAAAUCAACCGACGAGCCAAGAAAUUUUAAUAAAAAAUUAAGUGGAAAAUUAGUCAUUUUUAAUUGGCAACAUCCCGACUAUAUAGAGACAGAUUUGACAAUCUUCAUAAUAUUAGUAACUGAAAUUACGCCAGGAUUAGAACCGAUAAACCAGAACAAAACAAUAGUCUAUGAAGAAAAGUUAAAUUUUACAACAGAGAUUGAGUUGCAACUGGCUACCGAAUAUACCGCUACAAUUAAAGGUGUAUAUGUAUCUAAAAUUGAAACAAAAGUUUCCGAGAUCACAUUUUUUACUGAAGUACCUAAGCCUAGAAUACUUCCAAUUUAUACGAAAACAGAAAAUGGGGACUUUAACUAUACUAUACAAAAUAUAACCAGAUUUUCGCGUGCAAUUCUAGUAGAACUGACUAAAAAUGCCCAAUCGCAAGUUUCGAAUAUAUCAAAAUAUUUUACGGAUUCAUACGAAAGUUUUGACGUACAUGAAAUCAUGACAUGGAAUUUUCGAACUGAAUCGAGCACUGAAGUCAACAUAACAGUAUCAAAGGAAUAUGUAAUGGAUACUACUUAUUUGGCGAUUGUUGUAGUAACUGAAACUAUUAAUAAGUUGGAAUUUGAUAAGUACAUCUUAGGGCUUAGUGAAGUGUCUCACAAUGUUACUCUUAUCAUUACUAUAAGUAUCAUAAGUAUAGCAACUGUUGUUAUACUCAUUGGCGUUAUAAUUGUUUUAAUUAGAUGUCCAAAAAAAAUAGAGAAAAUUCGAAAACACAUUAAUCCACAAACAGUUCAAUAUUCAAGUAUUGAAGAACGAAAUCAAAAUAACACUGAAAUGCAAACUUUAUUAACUAUAGAAAAAAUGGAUAUACCGAAGGAUAAUUUAAAAAAUUAUCUCAUGAAAAAUUUCGAAAGCUUAGAAGAUUCUUAUUUAAAAAUACCAACAGAGGAUCUACGUUGUACAUAUGAAAUUGGUAGAAGUAACAAAAUUAAAAACAGAUAUAAAAACAUUUUACCUUAUGACCAAAAUAGGGUAAUCCUCGAAAACACCGGAUGUGAUUAUAUUAACGCUUCUUACAUAGAUGGUUAUCGUGUGAAAAAUGAAUAUAUUGCAACGCAAGGUGCUAAAAAAGACACAGUCUACGAUUUUCUUUCGAUGAUCUUACAAUUAAAAAUUGAUUAUAUAAUUAUGUUAACAAACAUCAUUGAAAAUAAUAAGAAAAAAUGUGAGCAAUACUGGCCUGAAACUGAUACAUUAAAAAUUGAAGAAAUUCAUGUCUCACUGGGAAAAGUUAUAACAGAACAAAAUUACACCAUAAGAGAACUAUUAAUUGUAAAAUCAAAUCAGCAACAAAAAGUGGUACAAUACCAUUUUCAUGCCUGGCCUGACCACGAUGUUAUAAAUAACGUUUCCGAUAUUAUCCCUUUCUUGAAUGAAAUUAGACGACUACCAAGAGGAAAAUCUCCUAUUGUGGUUCAUUGCAGUGCUGGUGUAGGAAGAACAGGUUGUCUUAUACUGAUCGAUUAUGUCAUUACAAUGGCCCAAAACAGUAAAUUUAUCAAUUUCAUAAAUACAUUGGCAACGUUAAGGUCUCAACGAAAAGACCUUGUUCAAAGCAAAGUUCAAUUUAUGUUUUGCCAUCUGGCUGUAUUUGAGUAUUUAACCUAUAAAGAUUUUACAAUACGACCCGACAAAGUCGCUCAUUUGAAUUUUGAAAAUGUUGAGGGUCUAAAUAAGCGCACAACGAAAUUAAUUUUCGAAUAUUUAAAGUCGUUUCAAGACUUCGAUGUACUGAAGCACCAAUGUGAACCCGAAGUUGUGGCUCCGGCUAAUCAAGAGAAAAAUAGGAACAAUGAAUUUACACCACGAUAUGAAAGAAUAUACUUACAAAGAUAUCCUUUCAAUGACAUUAAUACAGAUUACAUUAAUGCAAUAAAUGUAGAUUGUUAUAAGGCCCCUAAAAGGUAUAUUGUAACUCAACAACCACUUCCUAAUACUCUGGGCGACUUUUGGCGGAUGGUAGACCAGAUUAACAUUGAUACAAUAAUUUCUCUUAACGAAUACGGAAAUAAUAACAACCCUCAAAUAUGGCCAGAACCAGAUGACGUUUUAAAACCUGUCGAUUAUCUGAAAAUAAGAUUAAACAGUUCCGAUGACUUACAAAACAUUCAAAUGAUACAAGUUAAUUUGUCAAACAAAUCAAAAGAUACUAAUAAAAACAUAGAUAUAUAUCAUUUGAAAGGUUGGAAUCCUGGUAAAUUAACACCUAAUGAUUAUUCCGGCAUGGUCACAAUUUGGGAUCAUGUUCGGAAUCAGAGAAAACUGCUUAUUGUGUGUUUUGAUGGAUGUACCGCAUCUGGGCCCUUCUUGGCAUAUGCCGUUGCAACAGAACAAAUAAAUCAAGAAAAGCUCUAUAAUCCUGUCUAUGCCAUACGAAUAAUUAGAACCAGUCGCCCAGAAUUUAUACAGAAUGAAGAACAAAUUACAUUUGUUCACAAAUGUAUUUACAAAUAUUUCCAGAGUCUGAAUCCCUAUUCAAAUUUCGUUUAACGUUUUAACAUUUUUUAACUUACAGUAUUUAAUUUUUUAAUAUAUCUUUUUAUAACAAAUAUAUGGACAACAAUA